UUCAAUUUUAUAUCCCAUGUGUCUGCUGGAGGGGGGACUCGUCCCAGCCCUGGUGGCACCUGUCCCAGCCCUGAGCCACCUAGCUCUGCUGCAGGAUUCGCCUGGUUUGGGGCAUGGUGUAUUUUAGCCUGUAUCAUACAGCUACGGAUGUUAUUAUUUCCUCUGUUGAAGCUCUCAACCUCCAAGAGCUCCUGGGCAAGGAGUUCCCCAGGUCAACCACCCGCAGGGUUUAAAAAAGAUAAUUUUUUUUUUCUUUGCAUCCACAAACAGCCGCUGGUGGUGGUGGUGACCUGUGCAUGUAUGAGUCCUGCUUGAGAAAACCUCCCUAGAGCUGGGUCAAGUCUAUCCAGAGAAGAAGCGGAGCUGCAUAUCUUAUGAUGCUUAAGGGAGGGCUUCGCUCUGCGUCCCAAAUCCGGGUGGUGAAACCUUUAAUGACACCAAAGGAAGAGUGGAUAUAAUUGGGAGGGAGAUCUGAGAUUGAGGAAAAAUUAUCGGGGCGAAUGCAGGGUGACAGACAGGAUGGGACAUGACACCGAGGGUCAGGCCUGGAUCCUCUGCAGCCACUUGAUGGCAGUGGGUGUCCAAACACUUAGUUUUUUUCCAAUAAUUUCAGAUGAGUUGGUAGAAAAUACUCUUUUUCCUUGCAAACUGUGCAUGUCUCCACCCCAGUGCCCAGCACAGGACUGGUAUGGCAUAUCGGCAAUCGGAUGCAGGGGGAUUUUGUGGGCAAAAAGCUCCAAGAGCUGGGCUGGACGGACAAUGGCCAGACAGUGGGAUGCUGCAGGACAGGGGAUGGUCACAAGACCAAGGCAGGGGUGGCGGGGGUGGUGUUCCUGGGACAAGGGGGUGAACCUGGAAGCCCCACUCCUCAGACAGACAAUCCACACCCUGCCCAGACAGCCCAGCCAAGGGCUAAUGAGCAGCAUUGUUAUUAAUUAGCUCAGGAGUCGGAGCCUUGGGGCAAUUUUGCCUCAAAAUUAGGCAGGAGCCACACCUGGGUUGACAUCCCUGUUCUGGAUCUGGACCUGGUGGGCAACGACCCCCCACAUUCCAGCCUGCCCCUGCUCCUUGCUUGCACGGCAUCACGCCCCCCCCUCCCCCAGAUUACUAAACCCCUCCCUCCCCAUCUCUACAGGGCAGGAUUUUCCCACCUGGCUGUCCCAAAGAACCACUGGGUACUAGUAUCCCCAUUUUGGCCCCACAUCACCUGGAUCCCAACCCCACAGACGCCAUUAGCGUCCCAUCCAGCACAGGGGUGCUGGGCACCCUCUGGUCCUGGGGCCACCCUGCUGCAUAGCGUGUGUGUGUGUGUGUGUGUGUGUGCGUGUUUGCUGAGCUCCAUCAAACAGAGAGAGAGGAAAAAGGGAAUAAAAAAAGGGAAAGCACCUCCUAACCAAACAUGCCCAAGCCCACCAAGCCCCGGCAGGAGCCUCCUGCUUUUUUAUCUUGGUCUUUUCAAGACUGUAAUUAAGACCUAAUAACACCAAAUCUGCCACCCUUUCAUGUCUGUCCCCCCUGGGGUCUUUAUUUGCCCCCACCGCAGUGGCUGUGGAGCAAUGCUCCUGUGAUGAUGCCCCUGUGAUGGGCCAGGCAGCAUGGCAUCGCCGCUGGCAUGGUGCCCAUCAUGGGCUUUUUAUGGCUUUUUAAUGUAGACACCCCUGGGGAGCCUUCACUUGCCAGUACAGGGCUCCGGUGUGCCCUGGUACCGUGGAGCCAGGAGGGUCCUUUUUCCCAUCCCCAUCACGGAGGUGGCCACGCAGCUGCAGAAUGGAGGAUCCUCACCACCAGGGCAGAGCUCCGUAAUGACUUUCUCAGCGCUGGAGCAAUCCUAGGGUUUUUUUUCCCCAGCUUGGGGUGCUGUGCACGCGUGUGCUGGGUCCCAGGGACCUUGUGAAAGCCGAGCGAGGGGGGCUGCUGCUGUGCAGAUGUGGACCCUGGUCCCCCGACUCCCCCGUGCCCUAUUUCCUCCCCAAUAAACCCCCCAGACCUGGUGGAGUCCUUUGACCGGGGCUCGCUCCCCCGCCGCGCCGGGCCCGAGGUGUGACUUUUCCCAGCUCAUUAGGAAAAGCUGCAUGAUUUUAAGAAUCUCAAACCCUAAUGACCAUCUGAAUCCCAUCAGCCGAGAGGGGUGAGCUGGGGGGGUGCAGGCACAGCCCCCCACUUCUGCCACUGCUUCUCAGAGCAUCCCUGGUCCCGUCCCUUUGCCUUGCUGGCCUGGGGUACAGCUGUGCCCUCCAAAAAGCAGCUGUGCAGUGGGGUGCAUGCCAGCAUGAUGGGCUGGGAUGGACUCAAGGGGGACCCCCCCUUGGGAGUUUUGUUGGCCUUGGGGUGACACUGUCUGUCCUGUGGUGUCCCCUGGGUGCCUGGAUCCUCCUGCCUGAGUAUUUCAGGGCCAAAGCCACCCCGGGGGAGGACCUGGGGGUCUCCACUCCAGGGGCAGGGGAAGCAGGGGGCUACCUCCAUGGUCGAAGGCAGGGAAACAUGGUGGGGGAUACCCCCGUCGAGGGCAGUGGGACAUGGGGAGACACAUCCCCAUCGAGGGCAGGGGGGACAGGGAGGGGACACGGGACCUCCGCCCCACCACCCCACCGGGCAGGGCCCAGGGCGAUGCCAUCGGUCCCCGCCCGCCCCAUCCCGCCCCAUCCCCUCCGCCCCCCGCGAUCUCCUGGGGACGGACAAGAGUCCCGCGGGGGCCGGUCGGGGCGGCCGUAUAAAGGCGGGCGACACGGCUCCGAGCAGACCCCGCCAUGCCGGCCCCGGCCCCGCUGCCCCCCGCCCGGCCCGGCCAGGCCUUCACCAUCGCGGCGCUGCUGGGACGCGACUCCCCCCCGCCGCCGCCGCUCCGGGGUCCUCCCCCGGCUCCCGGCCCUGCCGCCGCCCGGGUCCUGCUGUCGCCGCUGCCGCCGCCCGCCGCCCCCCGGCCGCUCUGCACCGCCUGCUGCGGGGUCCCGCCCGCCUGGGCCGCCCGCCUGGGGACCACAGGCUUCCUGAUCUCCAAGUGCUGCUUCCCCAUCCUCAAAGCCAAGACUGGCAAAGCCAAGCGAGUCCGGACCAUCUUCACCAGUGACCAGCUGGCCCGACUGGAGAAGGAGUUUGCACGGCAGCAGUACAUGGUGGGCACAGAGAGGUGCCUGCUUGCCUCCUCCCUGCACCUCACUGAAGAGCAGGUGAAAGUCUGGUUCCAAAACCGGAGGAUCAAGUGGAGGAAACAAAGCCUGGAACAGCAACAAGCCAAACUGGCCAAAAUGGGUUUGUCCACCCCGCAGAGGAGCCCCGACUCGCAAAGCCACCAUGGCGAAGAGGACAAGGACUUCCCAGCAGAGCCAGAUGACGGCCAGGGGAACAUAGCCUCCUCCCCGGGCUCAGGGACAGCACCUGCACAGACUGUGGCAAAGAGCUGCUGA